AUGCCACAUCCUCCUCAGCAUCCCAAUCUUCCUCCUGCACUCAUGCUGUCGUUGUUCUCCUCUUAUUCACCCAUCUCGGACCUUGUCCUUCUUUCCCUCCACCUCUCGACCAGCAAUCUUCCUUCCUAUGUCCUAUUUUGUUACAGUUCUGACAUGGUGGACGGGUUCCAUAUGAUGGUUCAUUUGGGUCGCUUAGCCUCAUCAACUAUGAGCUCGAUCAGUUCGUGUGACGUGAUCUUCACUUGCCCUUUGUUCCCAAAGUAUGACCUUGUAAAGGAAUCCCAGGAGUCCGGUAAUGAGGCCGAGAUCAGGAUAGUAAACAUUUCGUCAGGGAUGGGAGAGCUGAGUGUUUGGAAUAAUGUCCGAUAG